AUGCCGAGUUGGCUAUUGAGGCAAAGUAGUUCUGAUGAAGAUGAUGCUUUAAUAAUCAAUUCAAAUAAAGAAGAAAGUAAAGAGACUAAUCAGGAAUUUGAUCUCAACCCUAUGUCUGCUCCUGAAGAUGUUUUCAGAGUGAUUUUUUCUGCCCAAGCAAGUCGGAGUGUUUGGAAAUCUCUUUUGUCAUAUGGCAUUGCGUUACGCAAUCCCUUGUUCACAGAACUAGCGGCUUGUCAAAGAGAAGCUAACAUUCUCAGUUGUUUGUGUGGUUGGUUGAUUGCUGUUAUGAAUGAUGUGCAGCAUCAACACUUCCUGAAGCAACAUGUUUUGCCUGUUACCAAGUGGAACUUGAAGGAUUUACGUGAACUUACUGAAAUAUUCAUCAGAAACAAAUGGUUAGCUAAUCUAACAGUUGGAUUUGCUAUUUUCCAAACAGACACACCUAUGGCAUUCUUCCUAAAAUUCCUUCACUGUUGUCUGGAGAAAUAUGAUUAUGCAGAAGCUCAGACUUAUCUGGAAAGUUUUAAACAUUCUGUUCUAUAUAAACCAUCUAAAGAUAAGAUGUCCUCUAUUAAUCACAUGGCCCAGGUAUUUCCAAUGGUUGGGGACAUUUCAUGGCAAGAGGAAACUUGUCAAUGCCUUAUUAGAGAGCUGUUGACAGGUUUGCCAAAUAUCUCUGAUGUUGUGAAACUCUUGAAAUACUUAACUCAGUAUAAUAUCAUUUCAGUAUUCACAUAUCAACCAGGUUUGAAUUACUCUCAACUCUUGCAAGUGGCUGAAAUCCUUCAGAAGAACCAACUCACUAUCCCAUUCUCCUCUUUCCUGGUGAAAGAUCGACAACAUUUAGCCACCCAGGUGGAGCCCCUAGUGGCAGAAAUUGUUAACAAGAAGCUCUAUGAUGAUGCUCGUAUGUUGUGUGAGUUUGCAGAUAUUAAUCACGAAGAAAUAACAUUUACUGAGAUUAACAAUGAAAAGUCAAAGCUUCAGAAAAGUCAUUGCUGGUUGUCUGAAUUUAUCCGUGUAAAUUUCUGGAAAGAUUGUCUUGCAAAAUUUAAUAGAUACAGUGUAUCUCCUAUGAGAAUUGUGCAGUUUUUCCAGGAUGAGAUUAACAAAUGUAACCAGAAUAACACAAACAUGAAUGAACAGGCCAUUAUGUAUGAGCUCUGUGUACAAAGUUUGAUAGAUGCACCUGACCCUUCAGGAAAUCUGUAUGCUAAUUAUAUAAAUGAUUUCAGUCAUAAGAUGUGGUAUUGCAGAAUUAUGGCCAAAGUACCAAAAGUUGAGCGCAUUGUUGAUUUGCACUAUUGAUGAAAUAUUUUUAGGAGUUGAGGAAACAUAUCCAGUUCGAUCAAAAACAUCAGCAUUGAAGACCGAGCUUCUGCAGCAUGGGAAAAUGCCGAAUAUAUCUCAGAAACAAAGUGAAUUCUCUGAUAGUG